UUUCUGCGAAUGAACACAACUGUCAAACUUUAAGAAGUGCUGCAGAACUAGUCGGGCUUGAUCGAAAUUCGCGGGCAUAAAUCGUAUAUUUAAUAAUAAAUCCUAAGUUUUACGUAUCCUCUAUAUCGUUCCUUAAGUUCGCCUCAAUGUGGUAUGUGUUCCGAUCGACGAGAGUGAAAUUACGCCGUUCGGUCUGGCCUGCUCGCUUUGUAAACAAGUUAAGUGCGACAUCAUGUUGAGGACGAUGUGUUCCGCAUCUAAAUAAUCGCGGGUGAGGGUGUGCAGUUGGCGAGGCACUGCAGAGCAGUGUCGCAUUUUCUCUGCCCUAAUUCACGUCGUACACUCAUCAUUAGAGAAGAAGCAAAAGGGUAAACGACCUUUUAAGGAACAGUGAAUUAUCGAUCAACUGUUAGAUGAGCCCAGAUACUUCCGCAUUCCUCCUUCCGUCAGGUCACAAUGGCUACUUACAGUAAUCCGCAUUGGCUGUUGUCACACAUCAGGAAUUCAUUCAUUUCGACUGAUGAUACGGGAUUGAGUGAAACGGUGAUGCUGCUGGAGGACAUUCCGCAUCAAUACGCCCAGCUUCACAAGCAAGCAUUACAACAGCGCUCUGCUGGCGGAGCAACAGGUGAAGAGGAAGAAGGGGAAGGACUUGGUGCGACGGACAGGAAUUUCGAGGAUUUUUAUUGCUAUCCCGGGCUGGACGAUUCAGAUGAGGAAGAAAUCGACACGCUGUCUCAAUCGUACGAAAUACAAAUGGACCAGGACAUCGGAUUCCAUCGACAGAGAUCAAACACUGCACAAAAGUUGGAGCGAUUGGAAAUAGCUAGAAGGAAAGCAGCGAGAAUAAAGAGUGUUAAAUGUGAGAGCGUUGUCCAGCGCACGGAGGAAGAUGAUGGAGAUUUGUUUGUAAGAAAAGACGUGGAGAGAGUGGCAACGCAAGAACGAACUUCACUGCUUUCGGCGCAGUUGGCAACAUGCCCGAAGAUACCGCAAAACAAAUUUCUCGAGUAUGCCAAAUACGAUGGAAACUCUCAGACGGAAGUUCCCACGAAAUCUUUUAAGAUAUUUCUAACGAUGUUGCCCGACGAACACCACAGAGCAUAUCCUAUGCAGGUUUGUGUAACAGCCACUGCCAAAAUUCAGGAUUUCAUCGGUUUGAUAUGCUACAAGUGUAGUUUAGCGUAUCCGGAUGUGAGUUUAAAAUCCGUUAAAAAUUACGGACUGUUUAUGACUGAGGAGGAUGGAGAAAUAGAUAUAGAUUUUCCUUCGUUGGAUACCAGAGAGCCAUGUUCCAAGUUUUGUUUCACUCAUUUGGCGAUAGCGGAACGAAAGACGCCUGAAUUACAAACACAAUCUAGUUUUAGUCACUCUGGUACCAUUCGGUCCGAACAUCGAACACGAUCGUUGACAUCGGAUUUUGGGGCGGAACCAGGUCAAACAGCGCUAUCGACAGGACACCCAUCUGUCACCGAGACCAAACUGAUGACCCUUCGUCAACAGGAGGAUUUGGACAAAAUGCAGGGUCACACGUCGAAGCUGGAAGCACCACUGUACAGAUCGUUUCAGGUUUUCAUACUCCAUAAAGCACGUUUAAAGACGGAGGUUCAGCUCGGCAUUUCCGGUGACAAACUAGACAUCGAUCCAGUUCAACAGAAGUCGGCCAAAUUUUGGCCCCGACAGAAGCCCGCAAAUCACAGCAUGGAUUCGAUAGCCCACUGUUCGAUAAUUGAACGUAAAUCCUCGAAGUCAACCGUUCGGAUUGUUUACAGUACAGUUCCCUUCUCGCAAACACUUUCCGUCGCAGGGACGGAAUGUGUUACGUCAAGUCCAACCAUUCGCCAGCAACAACAGCAGCAGCAGUCUCAGGGCCCUCUUUUCAAGCAUUACGACAUUGAAACGGACCCCAGCACUGCGCAAGAGAUUGUGGAAAAAAUCAACAAUAUACUUGAGGUUCGAUCGAGUCCCGUUCGAAGAGAAUACUUGGCCAGUCGUGGUGGCCGCUAGGCUAGAAAUCUGCCAGUCAUAUUUUAUAUUUUGUGUAGAUAGGCUCAUGUUUUAAUUCAUUACCACAAAGCAAGUUAUUUAUUUCACUAACCCCCCCAUCCCAUCUCUGAAAGUAUCAAUUAAUGUAAAACAGUAAUCUGCUCUUAACAAUGCAAUGAUUGAAAAUGCCCAAUAGGAAAAAAAACGCAGGCGUGUGCAUCGUCACACAACAUGCAUUUUUACAACUCUCAGAAACUUGAAAGUGUUCAUCAGUUUAGGUUAAUUGUACUUUUAAAUCCUCUUACUAACUAAGAAGAGAAUCGUGUGAAACAUUAAAAAAAAAAAGAAACACACAAAUGAAAGCUAUGAAAAGAGAUUACAGACGACACAACCCGCAAACGGAAGUCACAAAACACUUAAAGACGAAUAAAUAAUUCUAGCCAAUAGUUAUGCUUUAGGAGCAAAGUACGUUUUCGCAAUAGACACUAAACCCCUCCCCUUCAGUCCAAUGACGGGCCUUAGGAAACCUCGCGCGCGUGAGCAGUUAUACAAGAGAUCGGCAUGUUUGAUCCUAGAUUUUAUUGCUCUUCGAUCAAGGUGCUAUUUAAUAAAAAAAAGUAUUCUUUUUUACAAAAUAUCAUCUACACACACACACACACACAAGUCUCAAGUGGAAACGAAAUAAAUUAUUGCAAAAUCUGUGUAUCACAAACAUUGUGUGAAUGUAAAGGGUGAUUCGUUUGGAGGUACUUUUUUCGAAAAUAAACAUAAAAUUGAAAAAAAAUAUUGGUUAUUUUUUAUUAUAGAAAAUCAUAUUUGUUUACAUUUAUUUUCUUGAGAUAAUUUUCUUUUUUAUGAUGUUUUCAGUAAUUGGGA